AUGAGUACUACAGUGGGUAUUGCCGGUUUCACUGGUCAGUUUGCCCAACUCUUAAGCUCGCGGCUUCUGAAGUCCAGCAAUGUCAAUCUCCGUGGCUUUUGUCGAAACGCCUCCAAGGUGGCUCAAUCUUUGUCCUCACUUUUAAACGUCGAGGUUAUUCAGGGCGAAGCACAAGACCGAUCCCUACUGUCCAAGUUCGUCAAAGGCUGCGAUAUUGUCGUGUGUUGCUAUCAAGGAGACGACAAGUUGAUGAUUGACGGUCAAAAGGCUCUAAUUGACGCCUGCGAAGCUGAGCAAGUCCCUCGUUACGCGUACCUGGAGACAAAAGAAACGGUCAAGGGUGUUCAUAUCCUGAUUGGUGUCUUCUUUGAAACCCUAUUCAGCCCUUACUUUGAGAUAUACGAUGCCAAAACCAAGACCUUUUCUCAUUGGGGAGAACCGGGGGUGCUUUUUGAAGGCACGUCAUUUGGCAACGCUGCAGAUUACACGGCUCGAGUAAUUCUUGAUAAGAACGCGACAGGCGUUAAGCGAUUUGUGGGUGACACCAAGUCUCUAAACGACAUUGCUCAGUCCUUCGAAAAGGUCUAUAACGUCAAGUCAGACGUCGUGGUUAAAGGCUCGGCGAAGGAGUUGUAUGACAAAAUGUGGAGCGUGAGACAACAGCCAUCCAGCUCGCCAGCCGAUUAUAUGGCAAUGUUUUACCAGCAUUACAUUAUCAACGAGCAGACUUACGUCGGCCCGUACCUUGAUAUUACAUAUCCCGACAUCAAGAGAUUAUCAUUUGAGGAUUUUAUGAAAGGUGUGGCUGUUGACAAGCUACCUAAUACGUACCGGAACCCUGUGGUUCCCAAGGCCAGAAGCGAGGAAUGA